UCGCGUCUCGCUGUGCGGCUUCCGCGUGCUGGUGACUGUUGGAAAAAAAGUCGGGAGCGCGCGUCCCUCCCUGCUCCCCCCUCACUCUCCGGUUCCCUCACUUCCGCUUCUCUGAUGGCUCAGACGGCGGCCGCAGGGUCCGGCACCAAAGUCGGAUGACUAGUCACAGCUGGGCCGGCCCGUUCCGUGUUCUGUGAGUCCGAGGAGCGCUUUACGUGGACGCCGCGCAGAGGACAUCAUCCUCGUAUAGCUCUUUAGAGCUGCUGCAGAUUUAACCCUGGUGUCAUGGACCCGCAGUGUUUAUUUGUGUGUAACGUGAUGUCAAACAUUAACAGAAGGCCGGAAUACUGGAUUAAUCCUCUUCAUCAAAUUCGUAGGACUGACUUGGAGCGAGACCCGUCCUACAACACAAGAUUCUCCGUCUGAAACCAGAGAAGUUGGCUUGACUGGCAGGCGGAUUACUUCUCUGCCCCCCACCGAAUUCUUGUGCUUGCCUGGAACUAUGACCUGUGCUCGGCACAUACGCUGAAUGAUUCAUUUGUAGUAGAAAUGAGUUUGCAUCGGCAGAUGGGUUCAGAUCGGGACCUCCAGUCGUCUACUUCCUCAGUUAGCCUUCCUCCGGUUAAAAAGGCACCAAAGAAAAGGAGAAUGCCAUGGGGAUCCAUCUUUCGCAAGAAAAAAGAUCCAAAACGGAAAUCAAGGGACCUGACCGGCGGGGUCGACGGGAUCGCCAGCAUUGAAAGCAUUCACUCCGAGAUGUGCACUGAUAAAAAUUCCAUAUUCUCUGCCUCGGUGAACUCUGCAGACAAUGGGACCGCAUGUGCUAGUAAACCGAGUGGAGACUAUAUGGAGUGCCCCCUGUGCCUUUUACGGCACUCUAAGGACCGCUUCCCCGAGAUCAUGACCUGUCACCACCGCUCUUGUGCGGACUGCUUACGUCAGUACCUGCGAAUAGAGAUCUCGGAGAGCAGGGUCAAUAUUAGCUGUCCGGAGUGCUCUGAACGUUUUAACCCUUAUGAUAUCCGUCUUAUACUAAAUGAUGAUGUAUUGAUGGAAAAAUAUGAGGAGUUUAUGCUCAGGAGGUGGCUUGUUGCGGAUCCCGAUUGUAGAUGGUGUCCAGCUCCCGACUGUGGCUAUGCCGUCAUCGCUUUUGGUUGUGCCAGCUGCCCAAAGUUAACCUGUGGUCGCGAUGGAUGCGGAACGGAGUUCUGCUACCACUGUAAACAGAUAUGGCACCCAAACCAGACGUGUGACGCCGCACGUCAAGAGCGGGCCCAGAGCUUGCGCCUAAGGACAAUCCGGUCAUCAUCUAUAAGUUACAGCCAGGAAUCCGGAGCUGCAGCGGAUGAUAUCAAGCCUUGCCCAAGAUGUGCUGCCUAUAUUAUAAAGAUGAAUGAUGGAAGCUGCAACCACAUGACAUGUGCCGUAUGCGGCUGUGAGUUCUGCUGGCUCUGCAUGAAGGAGAUCUCAGAUUUGCAUUAUCUCAGUCCUUCAGGAUGUACAUUUUGGGGGAAGAAGCCAUGGAGCAGAAAGAAGAAGAUCCUUUGGCAGCUUGGGACCCUUGUUGGGGCCCCUGUAGGCAUAGCGUUGAUAGCUGGGAUUGCCAUUCCUGCCAUGAUUAUUGGUAUACCUGUAUAUGUAGGAAGAAAGAUUCACAAUCGGUAUGAAGGUAAAGACAUUUCAAAGCACAAGAGAAACCUGGCGAUAGCAGGCGGCGUCACCCUAUCGGUCAUCGUGUCUCCAGUUGUUGCUGCUGUAACCGUAGGCAUCGGAGUUCCCAUUAUGUUGGCUUAUGUGUAUGGAGUAGUCCCAAUAUCACUAUGCCGGAGCGGAGGUUGUGGGGUGUCAGCCGGUAAUGGAAAAGGGGUCAGGAUCGAAUUUGAUGAUGAGAACGAUAUCAACGUUGGCGGAGUAAAUACUGCAGCAGACACCACCUCUGUAGCUGAAGCCCGUCACAACCCCAGUAUCGGGGAAGGAAGCGUAGGAGGAAUGACCGGCAGCUUGAGCGCCAGCGGAAGUCACAUGGACAGAAUUGGCGCCAUCCGGGACAAUCUGAGUGAAACAGCCAGUACCAUGGCAUUAGCAGGGGCUAGCAUUACCGGUAGCCUCUCCGGAAGCGCCAUGGUGAAUUGUUUUAAUAGGUUGGAAGUCCAAGCAGACAUUCAGAAGGAGAGAUACAGUUUGAGUGGAGAGUCGGGCACUGUGAGCCUAGGAACAGUCAGUGACAAUGCAAGUACCAAAGCCAUGGCUGGAUCCAUCCUGAACUCCUACAUCCCGCUGGACAGGGAAGGCAACAGUAUGGAAGUUCAAGUGGACAUAGAGUCUAAACCAGCCAAAUUCAGGCAUAAUAGUGGCAGCAGUAGCGUAGACGAUGGCAGUGCCCCUGGUCGAAGUAGUGUGGGGGGAUCAACAGCCUGCCAAGCAGAAAGUAAAAACAGCACCACCAAAUGGCCCAAAGACAAUACAACAGGGAAAAAAUGUAAAGGAAAGCUACGAAAGAAAAGUAGCACCAAGAUAAAUGAGACGAGAGAGGACAUGGACGCUCAGCUCCUGGAGCAGCAGAGCACUCAUUCCAGUGAAUGUGACUCUCCUUCUCUUAGUGACAGCUUACCCUCAGUGGCAGACUCUCAUUCUAGUCAUUUUUCUGAAUUUAGCUGCUCCGAUAUGGAGAGCAUGAAAACUUCUUGCAGCCACGGUUCCAAUGAGUAUCACACUCGCUUUGUUACAGUCAGCCCGCUCCCCGAAGUGGAAAAUGACCGGCUGGAAAAUUCUCCUCAGCCCAGUGGAGUCGCUGUUGUUAGCAUCCCUGUUCCUUGCACGGACAUCCCUCAGCUGAGUUAUAUAGUAGAGGAGGGCGCAAGCCAGGGCUUACCCAGCCCAGGAGAGAAGACUGGUACUGAGAAUCAUCCAGAAAUGGAAGGGAACUGUGCAAUCCAGACGGACAUCUAGGCCUGUUAUUGCUGCAAUACUAUUCUCUACCACUAACCAGUUCUGCUCACAUGGAAAGCUUUGCAAAAUGUUGGGUAACCACUCGGGGAACCAUAAUAGAGAACGGAAAUCCUUCCAGUGCUGUGUAACAUUGAUUUCCAGUAUCCAUUUGCUUCUGACCACAUGCCGUCGUAUGAUGCCAGCCACUUUGGGAGGUUACGGGAUGCCCCAUCGUACAGUGAAAGUGGUUAAAUGCCAAUCCCGAUACUACAGCAGGCUUGCGUGCACUGCAGGGUGGCCACUUUGAUGGCCCGCCAAACAAUGUUCUGUGAAGACGUUGCUGUCCGCGUUACUAUUACAGGGUUAUAAUCGCAAUCGCUAUGUAUGUUCAUUCCAAAAUCUGAAGGCUGGGGAAAGUGUUAAAGUUGACAAGUUGGUCUGCAAGGUUUGCAGGUUAAUUCACAUUGUGCUAAGAGAUGUUUUUGGAUUUUUACGUUUUUGGGGGGUUUAUUUUUUUGCACAAAAAGUUGAGAAUAGUAAAUGUGUCCACUUAUUCGGCAUCACCCACAAACACAAAAUGGAGUCUGUAUGACAUUAGUUGAGCUCAUUGCAGAGGCCAGUCCAGCGUCGCCUGUCAUCAUUCUGGCAGCAGACCUCCCCACUCUCUCAUUUUUUGGUGCCUUCAGCAAAGACUGGGUUUUAAGUGCCUGGUCAUGAGAAUUUGUACUAAAUGUUUGUGCUAUUUUUAAUUUUUAUUUUUCGCUUAGUCCUCUAUGGCCACCCGAGGACGAGAUAAUACCCUCCAGGCCAAUGACUGUGGUAGAUCAUUAAUGUAUGUCAUUAAUACAACUGUAUUCACCUACCAAAGACUCACUCAGGCUUUAGAGGAAAUCUGUAUAUCGACAUCUACAAUCGCAAAUAAAGCACAGUGCAGGAGCUGCACACGUACAAUGGGUGGAUGUGAAACAUGGCUGUGAUCUAGUUUUAUACUUUUAUCAUACAAAGCUAAGGAAUUUAAAGUCUACGAAGUCCAGAAGGUGGUCAUUGAACCUUUUACUGUUAAUCUGUGCAAUGUAAUUCACUUUGACAAUGCAAAACAGUUGUUGGUAUUGAAGCCGUCGACGUUCUGGUCUCUGUAAGUAUUGCCGAGAAGGUGCUAAUAUUGUGCUGGAGUGCUUCUAAGAAGUUAUGCCAUGUGCUGCAGUCAGAUGUUAAUGAUUCCAGUCACCUGUUUAAUCCGCUUAUAACACUAGUGCCAGUUACAUUGGACGAAGCUUGUUCCUGUAUUUGUAUAUUUGUUUUAUUUUGCUUAUAAAGAUGCGUGUAAAAUGCAUACAGAAUAAAUGUGUCUGUGCUGAGCGCCCA